AACACUUGCAUGGCCGACUGCCCGGGAGUCACGACGCACGGCUCGUGCGGAGAAGAGCCGCAUUCGGACCGCGGCGGCAAGGGCCUGACCUUUGGGGUGAGCCAUCGCGCGGCAAGCGCCCAAGACUGCUGCGACAAGUGCAAGGCGCACCACAAGGGAUGCAACUCGUGGACAUUCUGCGGCUAUCCCGUGUGUUUUGGGCUCGACACCGGCUGGAAUCACACCUUCGGCGAGUGCUGGCUCCGGGUGCUCCCCGACCCUGCCGCUCCCGUCUUCGGGCAGCGCGGCGAGUACUCGAUGCGCUACCGCACAAAGAUGCUGCGCACCCGCAAGGCCUGCACAAGUAUCGAUACUCCGGGCGGCCUCUCGCCGGGCUGGGUGUGCCCGCCGACGCACGUGCCGUGGACGUCGGGAUCGAUCGGCGUCCAGCCGGACCUGUCCCUCCGAUGGCAGACGGGCGGCGGCUGGGGCAACAUGCGCAUCCAGCAGCUCGGACCCGACGGUGUGCCCAUCGAGUCGACCUGCACACGGAACAACGGGCAGAGCUGCGACCCGAACAAGCUCGACCACGGCAGGUGAGGCAGGGUGGAGAGGAACAUCUCAGUCUUGUGCCUCCACGCUUCGUGAGGGAGCGGCGGCAAUGACCAAUGUCGGGUCUGGAUACACGUUACACGAGUUGCACCGUCUCCACGACGCGCUAUAAAAGAACAGUACGACACGUAGGUGUAUGCGCGGCACACACGACGUACAUGCGCACGCAAUCUCAUGUCAGUGUGGAGGAGCGUAGGCAAGUCAUGAGCGAUGAGGCAAAGUCCAACGGGGUGUGCGUGUGGGGUUUGUGCUCAGAGAGAGAGAGAGAGAGAGAGAGAGAGAGAGGACAGCGUGAAUAGCCGUCCCGUGCAUCGCGCUGAUCCAAAAGUAUUGAGCUGCUGAGAAGCCUGUCACGUCGGCAGCGACACUUCUCCUUGGGCCCUCGGGUUCGGCGGUCCGCGGAAGGGCCGCCGGCGGUGGCCCGGCUCCGACGCCGCGGCCGGCUCGACGGACGGGCGCGCUGGGCUUGCGCUGCUGCCGCUCGAGUCGAACCCAAGCUGGCCGCUGUUGAACGUCCUCGACAUCGGCCCUCCCAACCGCUCCUGGCUGCGGAGUAAGCUGCGCACCUGAAGGAAGGAGCCAGCGAAGCGCUCCAGCAGCGGCGGAGGCGGCGCGACGACUCGCGGCAAAUGGCCCGGCCUGCGCCGGCUGCGCGAGACCACGAGGUCGCCGCCGGCGCCGGCGCGCUGCUCCCUCUGCGCCUGGUGCUCGACCUGCCAGUCGUCCUCCUUGCAGGGCAAAAUCUCGACCUGCUGGUUCGAGUACACGUACAGCAUGAAAGAGGCGAGCUGCCCGGGCGCGAACGUGGAGGCGAUCAGCGUGUAUGGCUCCGCGCGCAGCGGCAGCGCAACCUCGAGGGAGAUGUGCGACGCGGGCACAAACUUGGAUGCGCCAACGACCUCGCCGCGCACGGGCGGCGUCGUCGCGCGUGCGCCGUCGGGCCUGCCGCGGAGGAGCACGAGC